AUGGGUAUUUUAUCUCUAUGGCCAGUAUAUGACAUGUACAUAGAAAGUUGUCAACAAGUAUUUAAUUAGAAUUAUGUGAUUGAAAAUUAUUCAACAGGCACAAAUAUAUUCGUACGUUAUUUAUUUUAUAAUAGUGUCUACUGGAAAAUCAUAGAUAAAAGUGCCGGAGAUGGAUGCCACGGAACAAGUCCUCGCCCUCCUCGAGUUGCGGUUCGCGGACCUGGAGCGGCAGGUGGUCGGCGGCAAGAAGCCUGUCGCCCGGCGCUCGGGGAGCGUGUGCGAGGACCUGCUGACGGCGGACUGCAACGUGUCUGCGGUGCUGUCCGGCCACGAGAGCAUCGGGGCCGUGGCCCGGAGGCUGGAGCAGCUGGACCGGUUCCUGGAUCCGACGUUCGAGGAGACGUGCGGCCCGAGGGACGUGGAGGCCAAGGCGGAGGCCGUCCUGGCGGCCCUGCCCCAGCUGGAGCGGGAGGGCCGGAUGCUGGAGCAGCUGAGAGAGCAGAUGCCGGCCCUCGACAGCCGGGAGCUGACGGACGUGGUCCGGCUGACAGCCCGGCUGGAGAAGCUGACCGUCGGCGUGCUCGAGAGUAAAGAGAGCCUGGACGAGGUGUCCGUCAAGGUGGCGGCCCUGCUGCAGAGGUACAACGAUGUCGUCGCCAGCGUUGAGGAGAUGUUUGGCCGCUGGGAUGACGCACUGACCCGCAUAGAGUACUCUAGGAUCGCCAGGAAAGAUGUUGAGUGACAUUUCUCGGUCUGUGAUGUACAGUCUGUCUGCUGUAUUCUAGCAUUCUGCUUUUUUGCUCGAGUCUUGCAAGUCUUUCAGCUCUAACUUGUGCGGUAUUUUGUGCUAUUGUUUUAACAGCCCGCUGUUUGGUCAUUAUGCCUUAUUUAUUUUUGAUGUGUAAACAUCUUACCUCUUGGUAUACAGCAUUUUUUGGUAGGAGUAAUUAUGUGAAUGGAACAGAAGUCAGUUAAAAAAGGAAAUGUGCAAGCGUGGUGCUGCCAUCUGUGGAAGUCUCAUAAUUCUUGAAAAGAGGUGGACGCUUGUAAUUCAUCGGUAGAUAUUAACUUUUGCGAGCAUCUGGAAAUGUACUAACUGUAAUGGCUUGUCAAAAAAAUAUAAUGGUUAAGUAACCUUUUAAACUUUAUGUUAUAAUUUUUAGCCAUAAAAAUAAAUAAUGACAACUAAAAAAGUACGCAUUACAAAAUGAAACAGUGCCUAGCUACGCAAAAGAAUCGGAGCGUAUUUUUGUUUAACGAAAGUCGUAGGCCAGUGUACACUUGCACGCUUUUAUGACAUUCUGUACUGUUUUCAUCCAUUUCGAAGAAACAUUAUCAUAUCCACUCAUAAAAGCCAAAGACGUUCAAUAUGCACACUAACCAUUCUGAAUUAUAACUGCAGUUAAAAAACUUUAUAGAAAGCUAUACAAACUGUUAAGUAUACACAAUAAACUCGACUAGCCACCCUACAUGCUAAAGGCCCAUUCAAACAGCGGUAAAUCAAGGUUAAAAAUGCAUGUACUAACAUUAGCCUGCAAAACGUGAACUCACGUGGCCUAGACAGAGUAUGAACUAUACUACUAAUAUUUACGGUUGUUCAUUGCAUGAUAAAACAAUCCAAGCUUACAUUCAAGAAUACACUUUCUUUUUAAUCAACUUAAUUCACAGUGAAACCUCAUUACAAAGUAAAGUACCUCACUAUAAAGGAUUUCUCACUUUAAAGUAUUUAUUUUUAGGUCCCAACAAAAUGUUUUACAUUUAGUAACAGUUCAGUAUAAAGUACUUUCAUUAAGUACCAAAAAAGUGUGAUUUUUCAAGUAUGUUGUAAUGAGAUUUCAUUGUACACAGGUUGGAAAUAUCAAAUGAAAUGCUAGCAUAUAAUGAGCCCUGUUUUAAUGCUUUAGGAAUCAUACCUAAUUGCAAAUACAUGAAAUAGAUUACCCAUACACCAAACAAUAAUUUAGAAUGGCCGACCAAAACAAGAUUUUGAACAAGUUGAGGUAAAUAAUAUGCUUCUAUUAUUUACAUUAAUUGCAGCCCGUGUAUUCUAGAGUCCGAGCAGUUCAAACCAAUAUUGAAGGAUUUCAAAACAUGUUGCUUCAUCAGGUGCUACUAGAAGACCUAACUAAGCUGAUGACCACAAUAAAUUCAAUUCCACAUGAUGUGCGCAUGCACAUAAAGUAAGGGAUUCGAGGAACAGAAGCGGAGAGGAACAGACACAUGACCUAGGGGAGGGGGAAAGGAAUUAUGAUGACCUGCUAGUGGCAUCACAAAGAGGUGGGUUAUUCAAAUUUCCUCGUAGCAGCGUGGACAGUGAACAUGCGCCCAAAGUGCAAUCAAUAAUUUAAUUUAAAGGUCAUCUCAACCGGUGUGAAAUACUGCAAACAGUUGAAAUUUAAAUAAAUACCCCAAUUCAAAGAUUUUUUUAAUUUUUAUUUAAAACUUUAUAGUUUAUGCAUUUUAGACAUUCCCUCAAAAUGUAUUUUAUUUACAGGGUAUUAAUUUUCUGUUAAGGGGCCCGUCUCGUCAGGGGUGUAUGUAUGUUAGUGAGGAGGGAUGAUACAACGCUCGCUGGUAUUUCUAGCGCGGUACAGCCUCCAAGUGCAAGGCUCUGAACUGGCACACAGUCUUCUCAUUUCUGGACAACUGUGUAAUUUGAGCGGUGAUCGUAACAUUACAUGGUGAAGAAAUGAAGAUAAAAGUGUAAUGCAAGGCUCUCAAGUGCUUUCAAGAAUCUUUACCGGUUGUUUUACGCCUAAACAUUACUUUGAAAACACGUGUUUUAGCCAUUUUAACUCUUCUAAAAAUACAGUUUAAAAACUGAAUCUGAAAUCAAAAGUACUUUUCGCCCUUCGGCGAAUUCUUAAGUGCUUUUCAUAAAAAGGCCUCACUCGGAUAUCUAGAGUAGUUUUGAAAUCUUGUUUUUCGUGACGCUCUAAAAACAGUGUGCGUCCAGGUAGGUGGGGCCCUUAAAUCAAGUAAAAUUGGUAACUAGUGUCAGGAUUGGCUUGUUGAAUUUGGUCAGGAAAUAUAUUUGAAACCCUGGAAGUCUCAUGGAAAUUUUUCCAGUGAUGAUAAUUUGAGGAGAAAAUGUUAAGCUCCAGUCUGCCAUAACUCUGGUUUUUUUUUACUCUGAAUUUUAGGUACAUUGUCAUACACGCUAAAAAAUUGCAUAUGGCAGGUUCUGUUUGGACCAGGCCAGCUUUGAGAACUGUGGAGGCUACAUUGUAUUUUCUUUCACAGAAUUUUGAAAUAGGUAAAUUAUUUUUAAAAUAUUUGUCAGGAAAAUUAUGUAAUUUUUGUCAAAGAAAAUCAUGGAAAAGUUAUUACAGGUUUGUAUGGCCACCCUGAUUUAGUUACAUUUAAUCUCAGAGCACUUUAAUUAUUAGCAACAAAAAAAAGUACGUUUCAGAUACAGUAAACUCUCGCCAGUCCGUGGCCCGAGAAUCCGAAGUUCUCAGAAAUCCGGGGUAUUUCCGAAGUGACAUGAUCGUUACUGUUUAGAUGUAUGUAUCACUAUUCUCAGUGGAUGAUAAGAGCGACGCUCACUGAUAUUUAUAGCGCGGUAAAAGGCUCUGAACUGGCGCGCAGUCAUCUCGUUCCCGUCAGAUAACUGUGAAAUUUGAGCGGUGACCGUAACAUUAUAUGGCGGGAAAAUAAAGAUAAAGGUGUAAUGCCUUUUCCUCUGGUGCUUUCAAGAAAUUUUUUAACGGUUUUUUACACCUAAAACUUCAAAACCAUGCCUUUUAGCCAUUUUAACUCCUCUUAAUCCGAUAUAAAAAAAACAGUUGGGCAUUAGCAAAUUCUUAAAUGCUUUUCGUAAACAGACUCCAGUCGGAUAUUUAGAGUAGGUUGGAAAUCGCGUAGGUUUUCCUGAAGCUCUGGGCACCGUGUGUCAGUGUGUGAAACAUGUUGCCAGUGACAAGUUUCCUAGCUGUGCGCGGCACACGACUGUAGUUGUCAUGCGUCACACGCCGGGAAUGCUGGCCGGAGGGAAGGUGAGUAUAGUUCAUUUGCGGUAAAAAUAAAUACUCUAACCGCCCUGCUAAAUUUUUCCAUUAAAGAAAUUUUGAAGUUUCAGAGAUUUUCCAGCAGAAAUAAUGUUCUGUAACUAACAAACAAAUUGUAUCAAAAAAUUAACGGUAAAUGGCUGCCGUGGGGGGCCUUAAAAAAAUGUUCAUUUUACCGGGAAUGGACCAUACAACCUGGCUUUCGUCGCAUGCAGUGUGGAGUAGGGGAGGAAGGAUGUUGACAGUUUCACACGCAGAAAAUGGCUAGAGGGCUGGAGAGAGGGAGAGAGAUGGUUUGUUGUCUGGGAGGGAGAGGUAAGCCGUAUGACGUCAUGCAUCCGCUGCCUUUGCAGCCGCCAGCCUGUCUAGACGAGAUUCUCGCACUCCCACUUACGUCGCACAAGCUACUGCUGCCGUGUUUUUAAACGGACUGUCCAAUUUUUUUUCUCUUCUUAUACGAACAUUAGUAAGUGCACUAUAAACCAACACAAAAUAUAUGCUGCAUGUUAAAUAAUAGCUUUGUAUAAGCUUUUAUUGUGAGUUUUACCAUUUUUUCCCCGAUUAUUUUUGUUUUGUGCCAAAAUUUCAGAUUUUUUGAUGGUUCUAGUGUACAAUUAACUAAUGAUUUUUUAUUUAUUUCUCCCGUUUCUCUUUAGUUUAACUGGACUGGCCGUGUGUCUGUGAGGGAGUGGCCUUGAGUCUCUUGCCAGCUACGUAUCGCUUCUCUCUCCCGCCCCUCCUAAAUUCACUUCCCCUUAUCAAGGGGCUUCCCGUUUCAGCGCACGCCACAUUGCUACGUCUAGCUCUUUCACAUCAAAGUGCGACUUCGGGUGCCAUUAAUUUAAUUUAAGAUGACUUUAAAUUACUUUUUACACAAUUUACUACCAACUUGAACAAAUGGGUGUGUUAAAUUUAAUCAGGCCAGGCUGUAAAUUUUCAGGAAAAAAAAUUUCUCGGGUGCUUCAUUUACUAUGAAUGGACUAUACUGGUAUUGCUUACGUACCAUUCUGUUAACUUCUCAAGUGUCUUGUUUAUUAUGACGUCCUGUGGUAGUAUUACAUGUUCAUUGACUACCAUCUUAUCUUUUAGAAUUUUUUUUUGUAUUUUAAUGAAAAUUUUUCAAAAAUCCGAAGUUUUCAAAAAUCCGAAGGUCAUAAAUCCCCGACACCCACGGAUUUGCGAGAGUUUACUGUACAUUGCAAAGAGAGUGCAAUGUAGAUUUAGGUACUGUAUUCACCCGAAAAUAAUGCGAUCUCAAAAUUUUCGAUUGUGUGUUUAUGAAAUAGACUUUAUGGAUUGGAAACUGCCUUUUAAGUACAUAGCACUUGAAAUUUAUUAAAUUCCAUAUUUACUAGACCCUUUUGUCAGUAGUCGCAAGCCGCAGUGGGAAAAACGAAUUGUUUCUCAUGACUGAUUCAAAGGCGGUGAUCCUUUGGGAGUGGGGGGAAAAACCGUGAGAUCCACCCCCCCCCCCCCCCCCUAAUGACAAAAGCUCCAUCUCUCCCCCCCCCCCCUCCUCAAUUCUCUAACUCUCUUCGUCACACCUGUGCAGAGGUUAAGGAAGCCCCAGACUAAGUGGUAUAAGUGAUGCAGUUUACAGACAGUGCAUGCAAGUUUUUCAACUAAGUGGAGGUUCAGGAGGUGGUAAUUAACAGUGGUCUGAAGUACCAUAAGUGACUCAUUUAAUAGGCAGAGCCUGUGUUUUUUUUUUCAAGUAAGCUGUUCCCAAUGGCAAGAUACAAGUUGGAGAUUUAUUAUUAACCCCCCCACUUUCACUUUCUAAAGUUUUGGUAAAAUUCAAAGCAUUAUGUUCAGGACUUCAGGUGGAUACGGUAAUAUCCAUGCGACUUAGAUUUUUUUUUUUAAUUUUUAGGGUACAUUCUGUGCAAUCAAAUGGAAAUUCACAUUGUAAAUGUGUGUGAGAGAAUGACAGUAUCAUUAUAAUUGCAUUUUAACAUUUGUCUUUUAAAAACAUAUUUAAUAUGUUUUACGUUAGUAUUAAAUUUUUUUAUUGUAAUACACUCUUUUUAAACUGUUUAUUUUAGUACUAAACUUAAGAUAUUGUAUUGGUAGAGGAUUCGUCAGUUAUUUCUGUAAUUUGUUAUGUUGUUUAUGUUUCAUGGUUCAAUGUAAGAGCUGGUGUACACACCUUAACUGUGCCAAACAAAUUUAAAAAAUGUUGUGUUGUACCAAAGGCAAAAUUUUUUUAUCAAGUCUAUUUGUUGCUGAAAAUUGCUUUUUUUUUUGUUACCAAAAAAAAAGCUUACUGCUUGUACAAAUAUGUAAAACUAUUAACAAAAUAUAUUGCAAAAUACUAACACAAAUUAAAAAAGCAAUAGCUAUUAUCUUUUAGAAAUUUAAUGUGCUAUCAGAAUCACCUAUCAAUAUGUCAACCGGGCCUGCGCCCCAGAAGCCUGGUCAGCCUCCGCCACCUUUCCCCUCACCCCCCCGUCCCACUUUCCGUACUGGCAGCCGCUCCGUCUUGAGUACGUAAUCGGGUGGUUGUGUUUGAACAGCACGCCAUGGACAUCAAGAGGGCGCUGUAGAAGCAGUGCACACCCCGUUAACUAGAGAUAAACAUUGUAAUUCUUUUUUGCUUAUUUUUCCCCAAGUGGCAUGUGAUUGCAGAUCGGCCGUGAGUGUUUUAUGUACUUACAGUAAUUAAUAUUUAGUUAAGGCAUAAGCAACGAAAAGACGUACCGAACAUGCACAAGGCGAACCAAAGUCCGCCGAAGCCGGACUGGUUAAUAAUAAUAAAUUGUUGUAAUUUUAGUUAAUAGUUUUUAUCAUGCAUUAGGUGUAAUUUUAGUUAAUAGUUUUUAUCAUGCAUUAGGUGUAAUCUAAUUAUUAAGAGUGUUUCAUGUUUUACCUGUAGCUUCCUGUGGCACGUAAUCGUAAAUAGGUAUAACGGUAAUUGGUUCGGCGCGAAGACGCCAUGUUAGGCUAGCAGAGCCCUGAGCUCAGCCCAGUCCUUUGCCAGCACCGACCGAGAGCAGACGCAUCAGCACCCCGGGGACCUCACCGCUUGCCUGCACUGCUAAGUAAUUCUGUUAAAUUUUAAUCAUCUUAAAUCUUUCGUUCGUAAUUCCUCGGGGCUUCUCUCGGUCGGGGGGACUGUUUAAAUAAUUGUAUGAGUGACCACUAUGAUCUUAUUUAUGCUAAUUACUGAAUUGUAGAGUGUGACCACGUGGUCAGGUCAUACCACGUGAACCGAUUUGUGCCUAAGGCGUUGUGUGACAUAAUCAAAGGUGUAGGCGAAGUAAUAAACCAGGGCAUACGAUUUUA